AUGCUUGUAAUUCCACGCAACACGUCACAAUCACGAGUGGAGGAUGACAUUGUUAAAACGAAAGCGGAGUGGAACAGGGCUAGCACACCUAAAGAAGAUAGCAGAACCAUUCAGAAGCAGACUACAGCAACUACAACAGCGGAAGGGCCGGCGAGGGAGGAGUUUCCCGCUGGGCUUGACCGAAGUCAAUUCAUCUACUACAAUGGUGACUACUACGCUCCGACUAUCCCAGGAAUUCGCAUAUCCAAACCUGACGGAAAAUCUUCAAAUCCAAAUUACCCUUUGAUUGAGGGACCACCAGAAGAAAUGUUUCGCGAAUUUCGAAAACACUCAAAAGAGUUCCAGAAAGUUAUUCCAUUAGUGAAUGGAGCUAGAUCUGCUGCAGAAGGCCAGUUAAGAAGCUCCGAAAGGCCUGGACUAGAUAUCAUGGAUAAGACGAUUUAUAUGAAACAGGAUGGAACUAUAAUUAACGCGCCUCCUGUGCGCAUUCCCGACAAGAGAACA